AUGUGGUCCCGAUCAAUAUUAGCAUUCGCCUGCAUCGCGGCGGCGAGCGCUUCACUCGAAGUAGUGAACCAAUGGAGUUUCCUGCAAUUCGACUUCCCACCAGACCCAGUGCUGUUGGAGAAGUUUCAGCCGGAAAACACCGUCCCCACCGGCUUGGAGAUCGGAUGGGAUAGAGUGUAUUUAGGAAUACCGCGACUACGCGCUGGUGUACCAGCCACCUUAGCGUGGGUACCACGCUCUUUGCCACCUGGUGUCAGUCCAGUUUUACAGGCAUACCCUGACUGGUCAUGGCACACAGCUGGUAGAGGAGACAUCAACUGCACGGGUUUGAUCUCCGUAUACCGUGUAAGAGCUGACCGUUGCAAUCGCCUUUGGGUCCUGGAUGCUGGAGUAGUCACCAGUAUUGAUGACUUCCGUCGCGUAUGCCCGCCAAAGAUACUCGUAUUCGAUAUGGCAACUGAUCGUCUGGUAAGAAGUAUCUACUUCCCACGGGAGCUUCUACGACCAGCGUCUCUCCUUACCAACAUUGUGCUUGAUGACACCAGGUCGAACGCCCACCAUGCAGCUAAUUGCGACAACAUCUUCGCCUACAUCAGUGACACGGUUGCUCCUGGUAUUAUCGUAUACGACGGUCGCCGUGACAACGCGUGGCGCGUCACCCACGCAUCUAUGUACCCAGACCCUGACAUGGGAGAAUACGACAUCGGUGGAGACAAGUUCACUCUUAUGGACGGCAUUGUUGGUUUAACCCAUUCACCGGCCCAAGGUCUAUUGUAUUAUCAGCCCUUGGCUACUGACAGAAUAUUCAGCGUGUCAACAGCAGUAUUGGCUUCCGGUCCGCCAGCGGAAGGUGCUGAUCUGCCAGUCAAUCUAGUCGGUCGCAAGUCCUCUCAGGGUCUUGGUAUUGCCGUGGACCCAAGGGAUGACACCAUAUUCUUCAGCCCCAUGUCAGAAACUGCUGUCGCCGCCUGGAAUCCCAUCACCAAUUCACACAGAGUUUUAGCCCAAGACGCUGAGAAAUUGCAGUUCUGUGCCGAAGUAAGAUGGGCAGAACGUGACAACGGCGCUAUUUGGGUGCUCUCAACCAGAUUCCACAAGUUCUUCAAGAGAUCUGUCUCUAAGCAUGAGAUCAAUGUACGCGUAUUGCGUAUAGUCGAGGGCGGGUACGGCGGCUACUUGUCACUCCAACCUCACAUACAACGUCGCUCAACAGCUAACCUUACCUCUAACUUCUAA